CGUGGGCGAGCCAAUAACCUCUCUCGUCACAUUCACACCAUUAAUCAUAACAAUCCAAUUAAUUUUAAAAGGAAUGCCAAAUUCAUCCUUCCCUGUUUCCUGACUAAAAUUUUCUUUCACUUUCCCAAGAAAACAACCUCUAAAAACUCCCCCAACCCAUGCCCUCUCCUCUGGGUUCACCGACAAGCUCCCGGUCUGUAACCCAGACCGUCAAUGGCUCCCACCGCUUCACGAUCAAAGGGUAUUCCUUAGCCAAAGGCAUGGGCGUUGGCAAACACAUAGCCAGCGAGAGCUUCACCGUGGGAGGCUAUCAAUGGGCAAUUUACUUUUAUCCUGAUGGUAAAAACCCAGAAGAUCAUUCAACCUAUGUCUCCGUUUUCGUAGCUUUAGCAAGCGAAGGCACAGAUGUUAGAGCCCUUUUCGAGUUAACUCUUUUGGAUCAAAGUGGGAAAGGGAAACAUAAAGUUCAUAGCCAUUUUGAUCGAGCUCUUGAAAGUGGCCCUUAUACCCUUAAGUAUAGGGGAAGUAUGUGGGGAUACAAGCGUUUCUUCAGGCGGGCUAUGCUUGAAACAUCUGAUUUCCUCAAGGAUGAUUGCUUAAAAAUAAAUUGCACUGUUGGUGUUGUAGUUUCUGAAACAGACUGCCCAAGGUUGCACUCAAUACAGGUCCCUGAGUCUGAUAUCGGUUCCCAUUUUGGCAUCUUAUUGGAAAAUGAAGAAGGGUCAGAUAUUACUUUUAAUGUGUUUGGGGAAAAGUUUCAUGCUCACAAGCUGGUAUUAGCUGCUAGGUCUCCUGUAUUUGAAGCUGAAUUUUCUGAUCGGAUGGAAGAUGAUAAUGAAAUAGUUGUUACAGAUAUGGAGCCUAAGGUUUUUAAGGCUUUGCUGCACUUCAUAUACAGAGACAGUCUUAUUGAUGAUGAGGAGUUCGUUGGGACUAGUUCAUCUUCUAUGCCAUCUGUAUCGGAUGCAUUGGCUGCAAAGUUGUUGGCAGCAGCAGACAAAUAUGACUUGCCUAGACUUAGACUGAUGUGCGAAUCUGUACUCUGCAAGGAUAUAUCUGUGAACUCAGUCGCAAAUAUUUUAGCGCUGGCUGAUCGUCAUUAUGCUAUGGAUCUAAAAUCUGUUUGCUUAAAAUUUGCUGCUGAAAAUCUUGUUGCUGUUAUGCGUUCAGACGGUUUUGAGUAUCUCAAAGAAAAUUGCCCAUCACUGCAGUCAGAGCUACUCAAGACUGUUGCAGGAUGUGAGGAAGAAUUCAGUGGUGGGGGAAAGAGCCGGAGCGUGUGGGCACAUCUUUCUGAUGGUGGUGAUACAAUUAACCGGAGUGUAAGGCAACAAACCUGGGAAAACGGAGGGGAACAAAAUCAAGGCAUGUGGGUUCAGCUUGAUGGUGGUGGCGAUGGCGAGGGGAGUCCAAGGCAAGAGGAAUGAUGCCGCAGCCGCAGCUGAUGGGAACAUGGUGGUACAUUGUUUUUACAACUAACUUUGGAGGACAUUAGAUAGGGAUAAAGCAAAAGAAAAGAAAAGAAAAACUAUUAAUUAGCGAGGAAAACAUUUGCCUUGGCCUCUUUUUAUCUCUAUCUUAUGAAUGUUUCUUUUUUCUUUUAAUGUUUUCAUGUUGUUGUAUUGUAUGUUGUGUCUGUGACUAAGUUACCCUUGCAAUGUACUUAUGUUGGGCACAUGCUACAGUAUAAUUUGCUCUUUAGGUUUGUAUAAAAAUAUUAAAUAAAUAAUCUUAAAAAGGAAAACAAAAAAUCCAUUGAAAA